CAAGUCUCAAGGAAAAGGUUGGGGCCCACGGUCCGAUUUUCGAGGCUCAUGCUUUCCAAGCUGCGCCGUGUGCCAAGACAGGCCGCCCUCCUGCGGAGACCACAGCCGCUGCCUCGCCCGGGAGCGCGUCUUUGCAGCGGCUCCAGAAAGCCUCCGAAGGGCUUCGAGGGCUUCUUCAAGUCCAAAGAGGCCAAGGAGGCCGCAAAGCCAGCUGAAAGCAGCGCAAAGCCAGCAGAGACAGCAGCGGAAGGCAGCAAGCCCGGCCCAAAGGAGGCGGAGGGCAAGGCAGAGGGCAAAGAGUCGAGAGGCCCCAAGGAGACACCAGUGGAAGGAGAAGCGAAGGCUGAAGGCACCUCAGGGAAGGGCGAGGCCAAGGGCGAGGCCAAGGGCAAGCCCCAAGGCCCCCAGGGCCCAGAGAGGCUCCGGUUGAUGGCCCUGCUGGCGGGUGGCGUGCUGGCUGCUGGAUCCUACUUCUCAGUGAAGGACUCUGAGGCCGAGGACAACGAGGUCACAAUGCAGGAGAUGAUCAGGGAGUACCUGACCAAGGGCCAGGUGGAAAAGAUUCAGAUUGUGAACGAGAGCCAGGCCCGCGUUUUCUUGCGGAAGGACAGCGGCGGGCCGCCCAUGGUCACGAUCAACCUGGGCCGGCCCGAGGCGUUCGAGCAGAAGCUGGAGAGCGUGCAGAAUGAUCUGGGCAUUCCCGCCCUGGAGUACAUCCCGGUGCAGUACGUGCACGAGGUGGAUUACAUUGGGGAGAUCCUGCCGUACGUGCCUUCGCUGCUUUUCCUGAUCCCGCUCUUGAUGGUGGGCAGGAGUUUGGGGAGCAGCCUGCCGGGUGGAGGUGGCCCGGGAGGGCGCAACGUCUUCAGCAUUGGCAAGGCCUUCCCGAGCGGAAAGAAGGACCUGAAGUCCCAGACGAAGUUCAUCGACGUGGCCGGCCUGGAGCAAGCCAAGGCCGAAGUCGUGGAGUUUGUGGAUUUUCUGAAGGAGCCAAAGAAGUACGAGAAGUUGGGGGCUCGCGUUCCCAGAGGUGGGCUUUUCGUCGGGCCCCCUGGCACCGGGAAGACCCUCUUGGCCAAGGCAGUUGCUGGUGAAGCGGACUGCCCCUUCUAUUCCAUGAGCGGCUCUGACUUUGUGGAGAUGUACGUGGGCGUGGGCGCCUCCCGAGUCCGCGACCUCUUUAAGCAAGCCCGGGACAAUUCGCCGUCCAUCAUCUUCAUCGACGAGAUUGAUGCCAUCGGGCGCAAGCGCGGCAAGGGGGGCUUCACCGGGGGCAACGACGAGCGCGAAAGCACCCUGAAUCAGAUGCUGGUUGAGAUGGACGGCUUCAAUUCCUCCACCGGCGUAGUGGUCCUGGCAGGCACCAAUCGCGUGGACAUUUUGGACAACGCCCUGCUGCGACCCGGGCGCUUCGACCGCCAGAUUGCCAUCGACAGGCCGGACAUGUCGGAGCGGGAGCAGAUCUACAUGGUGCACCUCAAGCCUCUGAAGUUGGAGGAGGGCCUGGACCGCGAGAACGUGGCCAAGCGCAUGGCGGCUCUCACUCCGGGCUUCGCGGGCGCGGACAUCUCCAACGUCUGCAACGAGGCCGCCAUCUUCGCGGCCCGGCGCGCUGCCUCCUCCGUCGCCAUGGACGACUUCGAGCGCGCCACCGAGCGGGUCAUUGGGGGCCUGCCGAAGAACAACUCGCUGAUGAGCAAGGACGAUAAGCGCACCGUGGCCAUCCACGAGUCCGGACAUGCAGUGGCAGGUUGGUUCCUGGAGCAUGCGGACCCGCUGCUGAAAGUCUCCAUCCAGCCCCGGUCCAGCGGGGCUUUGGGCUUUGCUCAGUACCUCCCUGCAGAGAUGAGCCUUUUCUCCAAGGAGGCGAUUCUCGAUAAGAUUGCGGUGUCGCUGGGCGGCCGCGCGGCGGAGGAGCUCUUCGUGGGGAAGAUCUCCACGGGGGCCUCCGAUGACCUGGACAAGGUCACCAAGAUGGCGCAUGCCAUGGUCGCGAACUACGGGAUGUCGGAGAAGAUCGGGCUGCUGAACUUUGGGAACAAUGACGCGAGUUCGCAGUUCUACAAGCCCUACAGCGAAGCCACGGGACAACUCAUCGACAAGGAGACCCGGGAGUUGGUGGACAACCAGUACGAGCGCGUGAAGAAGCUGCUGCUGGAGCAUCAGGAGAAGUUGAAGGGUCUGGCGGACAAACUCGAUGAGAAGGAGACGCUGGGAUACACCGAGUUGGUGGAGGCCCUGGGUGAGCGGCCGUACGGCAUCAAGAAGGAGAUCAAGAGCUUCGUGACUGCCGGCGGUCCCACAAUUCUUAGGGACGCGGAGCCAGAGUCAGGCGCCACUGACGGCAACGACGCUGGGCCCGUGCCCGCUUAGUGGCUUCCGUCCGCCAACCACACGCCGUACAGCGCGCCACGCCGCGCGCCACAAGUUGGAGAUGCCGAAUCAAAACCUGGGCCCUGUU